AUGGCAGAAGACAUCAAGUCCAAAAUCAAGAACUACCAGACUGUUACUUUGGACAGCUGCUUCCCCAAUCAGAACCAGACCAGGAACUGCUAGUAGAACUACCUGGACUUUACCACUGAAGGAGGUGAUAUCUCCAUGUGUGAAUGGUCCUGGUGUGUUUACAAGUCCUUCUGCCCCACAGCCCAAAUGUCAGCCUGGGAUGACCACAGGGCAGAAGGCUCAUCUCCUGAGAAGAUCGGAACUGGCUCCACCUACCUCUUCUUUGUCUUCUAUCCUUCUCCCAGGGUGGUGAAGGGCGAAGUGGGCACAUGGUGA